AUGGCCGGGCGCGGAGGCCGGGCGCUGCUGGCGCUGUGCGCGGCGCUGGCCGCCGGCGGGUGGCUGCUGGGCGCCGGAGCCCUGGAGCCCGGGGCGCCCGCGGCGGCGGGCAUGCGGCGGCGCCGGCGGCUGCAGCAGGAGGACGGCAUCUCCUUCGAGUACCACCGCUACCCCGAGCUGCGCGAGGCGCUGGUGUCCGUGUGGCUGCAGUGCACCGCCAUCAGCAGGAUCUACACGGUGGGGCGCAGCUUCGAGGGCCGGGAGCUGCUGGUCAUCGAGCUGUCCGACAACCCUGGGGUCCAUGAGCCUGGUGAGCCUGAAUUUAAAUACAUUGGGAAUAUGCAUGGUAAUGAGGCUGUUGGGCGGGAACUGCUCAUUUUCCUGGCCCAGUACCUGUGCAAUGAAUAUCAAAAAGGGAAUGAGACAAUCAUCAAGCUGAUCCACAACACUCGGAUUCACAUUAUGCCUUCGCUGAACCCUGAUGGCUUUGAGAAGGCAGCGUCUCAGCCUGGUGAACUCAGGGACUGGUUGGUAGGUCGAAGCAAUGCCCAGGGAAUAGAUCUGAACAGGAACUUUCCCGACCUGGAUAGGAUAGCUUAUAUUAAUGAGAAGGAAGGUGGUCCCAAUAAUCAUCUGUUGAAAAAUCUGAAGAAAAUUGUGGAUCAAAACGCAAAGCUUGCUCCUGAGACCAAGGCUGUCAUCCACUGGAUUAUGGAUAUUCCUUUUGUGCUCUCUGCCAAUCUCCACGGAGGAGACAUUGUGGCCAAUUACCCCUAUGAUGAGACUCGGAGUGGGAGUGCUCAGGAAUAUAGUUCUUGCCCAGAUGAUGCCGUUUUCCGAAGCUUGGCUAGGGCAUACUCCUCUUUUAACCCAUCCAUGUCGGACCCCAAUCGGCCACCGUGUCGCAAGAACGAUGAUGACAGCAGCUUUGUAGACGGGACGACCAACGGUGCAGCAUGGUACAGCAUACCCGGCGGAAUGCAAGACUUCAAUUACCUGAGCAGCAACUGCUUCGAGACCACCAUGGAGCUUAGCUGUGAAAAGUUUCCACCUGAAGAGACUUUGAAGACCUACUGGGAGGAUAACAAAAACUCCCUUAUUAGCUACCUUGAGCAGGUUCACCGGGGAGUUAAAGGAUUUGUCCGAGACCUUCAAGGUAACCCAAUUGCCAAUGCAACCAUCUCAGUGGAAGGGAUAGACCACGAUGUGACAUCCGCAAAGGAUGGCGAUUACUGGAGGCUGCUUGUACCCGGAAACUAUAAACUUACAGCAUCGGCUCCAGGCUACCUGGCGAUAACGAAGAAAGUGGCGGUUCCUUACAGUCCUGCUGUUGGAGUUGAUUUUGAACUGGAGUCAUUUUCUGAAAGGAAAGAGGAGGAAAAGGAAGAAUUGAUGGAAUGGUGGAAAAUGAUGUCAGAAACUUUAAAUUUUUAA